CAGUUUUGUACCAACCCCUUUGCCCAAUGCCACACCUGGAUCUUUGAUUACGCCCUACUGCAUAACCUGUUUGGCCUCGUCGUUUCUUGUGCAUAGACCGUUGUUAUUGUGAUUGUUCUUACUAGUCUGCUUUUUUUUCUCCUCUACAGCGUCUGCGAAACGUUUUGUCCAUUUUGCUUCCCUGUCGACUCGUCGCGACCUGCACCAGUCAUUUCAACGUCGUUGUUCCAGACAAUAGUUACCCAGUCUUAAUACCACCCGAGGGUGGCAUUCACAACCGGCAAAAUAGCUGCUCUGCCGAUAAAAGCCUUUGACAAACCGGUUCCGCUUCCGAGCGACCUGGACGCCCGCCAUUCAUCCGCCAAUUCGUCGAUCGUUCAAGAUUCCAGUGCCAGCAUCAGACCGACAACGUCUUCGUCCACCGCCGCCUCGGCAAACGAGAUAGAGCUGUCGCAGGAUCUUGCCGCCAGCCAAGGUCUGUUCCAGCUCAAUCGGCAGGUUUCGGAAGAUUCCCAGUGUCCGCAAUCAUCGCCAGAUUCCCUGCCCGAGACCGAGACAAGAAGCCCGCCACCUCGGUACCCAGCCUCGGAAUCCUCGACCUCGGGCCCGCCCCCGUUUGCGAGCCUCUUCGCCCCACCCGCGCCAGCGACCCUCACCGACGUUGACGAAGAGCCUCUUCCCGGUAGCCUCGAGGAGGUCGACUUUGAGUCCGCCGCCGCGCCCGCCUACGCGCCGCCUCUCGCUUCAUCCUCGCAGCAACAGCCUCAGCAAAGCCAGGCCUCGGCUAGUAGCUUCCAGGAAGAGACCAAACGUGCUCUUCCCCGAGACAGCAAGGGCGAUCCGUCGCGCAGUAACAAGGACGACGACGCAGAACCGCCGCCGGCGUACUCGGAGGGAUUCAGUCCCCUCCAGUCAUUUACCUAUCUGAUGGCUGCCGCAGGAGGAGCGUCGAGUAUUAUUACUCAGGUGCAACAGGGUGGACCGCCAAUCAACUCGAUCGGAGAUGUCGGCGCUGAUGAGACGAUCACGAUGGACCUUCGGGGCACGAGGUUCUCCCUCUCCCGUGAUGAACUGUUGACAUUGCCCGAAUUCGUCCUGCUUUCGUUGUUUCCUAAUGGCUUGUUCCCAGAAGGCCACAUGGGCGGGUUUGCUGACGGUGAUGCCGUCCAAGUCGAUUACGACCCGGCAUCUCUGCAGUACAUGCUGGAUUUUUUCCGUAACGUGGCACAGACCAUACCUGCAGACUCUGAGGUAGACAACGAUAUGGUGCCGGUCGAGCCUAUGGGUAGCAGCAGGGACGACUCAUCCAAGAGAGCAGGAAUCAUUGUGCUCCGUGAGGACCUAGAUUUCUAUGCCAUCCCGCCACGGCCUGAUAUCAAGCAGCCAGACAUGAUCGAGGUCAAGCGGGCCGCGGCCAGGGCGCUGCUCAAGCAGAACGGUAUCUUCAGUGGCCUUAAGCGGAGCGAUGAGCCUGGUACGACCGAAGCGCAUCUGAUCGAGAUGUUGACUGCUGGUGGCUUUGAUCACGAUGACAAAUGGGGCCACAGAGCCGGAGAGCCCAAUAAGGCAGUCAUUUGCAGUCUCGCGCUGGCACGGCUACGCAGCGACAUCCGUGGUAACGAAAUGGGUAGCAAUGCGGUCGGCAUGGCACAAAAGUUGUUGUUGUUCUGGCGCAAGCCAGCACGCAGGUGCUGGUGGGAGGGUGUAGAGCUUGACAACGUGGAGGGCGUCGAAGGGAAGCUCAAGGUUUGGAUUCGUCGGGUGUGGACGCUUGAGAUGAGCGUCAUCGGCCUGCGCUAAUCCCGGAGGACUUCUGUUCACUUUCUUACUCCUGUUUUCGCAUCUUCAUAAUAAUGUUUCUUUGUUUCUCUUUUGUCUUUUUUUUUUCUUAGUACGGGCCGCACACGCCCAGCUGUAUAUGACGGAGACACCCGAACUGUCAACAGAGAAAAAAAAUUGGGUCGACGUUUCAAGUCACCAGGAGUGGGUUGCAGAAUGGCGGCCGAGGAUGGUAUCCAUCUCGGCGGAAAGACGGAGAACGCCUCAGGGGAGGGCAAGACAGCCAACUUUUGAUGGUUGCAUGUAUGUCAUGCGAGCUGGUUCAGAGGCGGACACGGGUCAAUCGAGCCGCUAUAACAGAUGCCGUUUCAAUUCACCAAUCGAGUUUCUGUCUUGACGUCGAUGCGUAGGUAUAUGACCUACCGCAUCUCAUCUCUCUGAACUUAGGUGGCGCGUAGGAUUAUCACCGGCUCUCAGCCAUUGCGGAAAUCCCCAAGCGCCGACUUACGGUUGACAUUUCCGAAGUUUUCAGCUUUUGUUCACGGAGACUAGGUUGUCUAGUCCGGGUGUUGGCCGGGAUUUUAACCUGAAGCCGAAAAUUGGAAUCGGAGAUAUCGGAACAAACAUUUUUAUAAAGCGCGAGAUUCAUGCUCUUGCACAUGGCCAAACGAGGGUAGCUCCCACUUUCCGUUUGUUUUGGAGGAAUUAUAACCAGCUAUAGAGACCAAAAGGACCGGAAGUUCCCCUGACUCGAGGCCAAAAGUUACAUUGUUGCUUUGCAAGUUUGGGGGCUACCGUAAGUACCUGGUCAGUGCCGUUUAUUGCUUUUUCCCCCUGAGCUGAGGAAACCG